AUGGAGGCUUUGGGGGCUUUUUUUGAAGAAGAAUGGGAAUCAUUGAGCAAAAUGUUCUCCACAGAAGAGGCUAAUUUCAUGGUGCAGUUGCACGGUCACGAUGAGCGCGGCGGUCUGAGCUUUGAAACUUCAUCACCCUUCUGGCCGUCUGAUGAAGGCUAUGAAGCUAACACAAAUAUGGCUGUGCUUGAUCAAAAUUUAUUUUAUUCUUCUGCUAUCAACUCUAAUUUUCAGUAUUUUUCUCAGGAAAGUAGUACUAGUAGUGGUAGUAAUGUUGACACCUUUUUUCCCAAUCCAAACCAUGAAAACUACCACCUCAAUCUCAAUGAUUCUAACCAUAUCUCAAUGACAAACAAUGUCUCCGAGUCCAUGGAUUUUUAUAUGAUGGACAAGAAAAGAAACAGCUCACUGAUUAAUCCAAUUCUUUCCGAUGAUUUAAUGGAAGACAUUCUCUGCUUGAAUGAUGAAAUGAGCAGCGACCAAUUCGGAAAUGUAGGUCAGCCAGAAGCUAAUACUGAUCCUAGCAAGGAGCUGCAGCUCAAGAGGAAGUUCGAUGUGCCAGAACUACACAUUGACAACGCGUCUGUGAAUCCAAAGAAGUCUCGGGUUUCAAGAGAUACAAAAAAAUGUAACAAGAACGCGCAAGGAAGGAAGAGCCAGAAGCUCACCACAAAAGGCAAUGUCGACGAAGAAGAGACUAAUAUUGCUAGACCAAAUGGACAGAGCUCUACUUGUUACAGCUCAGAAGAUGAUUCUAAUGCUUCUCAGGAGCUAAAUGGAGAGGCCACUUUGGAUUCUAAAGGGUCCGCGGCUCUCAACAAGAAUGGGAAGACAAAAGCCUCUAGGGGUUCUGCAACUGAUCCCCAAAGCCUCUAUGCAAGGAAGAGAAGAGAGAGAAUAAAUGAGAGAUUGAGAAUCUUGCAGAAUCUUGUCCCUAAUGGAACAAAGGUUGACAUUAGCACAAUGCUUGAAGAGGCAGUCCAAUAUGUGAAGUUUUUGCAGCUUCAAAUAAAGUUAUUGAGCUCUGAUGACAUGUGGAUGUAUGCUCCCAUCGCCUACAAUGGAAUGGACAUUGGACUCUACCGAAAGAUUUCAUAA